AUGUCCAAACAUCAGCAUGCAUCCCCCGUGACCCACAGGCUCCAUCACGAGACUGCCAUCGUCGACGAUGACUCCGAUCUUUCUCUCUCCCAUUCCGCCCUUGAUCCCGACCUCUUCUCUUCCGCCGACAAUAUCAAUAACAACAAUGAUAAUACCCUUCGCGAACCUCUCGCCUCGGCAUUCAACCACGCGCGUCUCCGAAGCAAGAGCCACUCCCUCGUUUUCAAGCGACGACCGCAGCUUUCGCUGUCCUUCAACCCAUCCUCUUCCGCCCUUGCUCCCGACGACAGCCUCCAAGACGGUGUACAACGCCUCUCCCUCCAACCUACCGACGCGCUUCCUCCUCGCCAUAACCAACGCCGGCCCGGCCACGGCCAGGACGGCCAGGGCAGCCACGGUCACGGCCAAAGCCGCAUCUCGGGCACCAAUGAACACGACGGCCGCAUAAAGGGCCUAAUCCGCCGCGCCUCCAUGUCCCUAAAGGGCUUCGUGCACCACUCCAAGAGACACUCCGUUGCCCAACUGUCGAGCAGCGUCGACGUUGGCAGCAGUCUGGAUCACCUUACCCCCUCGAGACCCUCCACCUCGACUUCCCAUCCUACCUGGCACCGUCGCUUGCGCCAGGCCGCCAGCUUCCGCCAUACACGGACCUCCCAUGGUUCCGCCGACGCCCAAGCCCCUCGUUUCGAUCGCUUCGAACGCUUCGAACACCCGGACGCUUUCCUCAACAUGCCUUUGCCAGGAUACGGCUCUGAGCCGCCCAUCAUUCCCGAACACACCGGUGCCGGCGCUAAGGCCGCCGUUGCCGCCGCCGCCGCCGCCGCCGCUGCCGCUUCUGGUGCUGCCGGCGGUUGGAAUGAGCACUGCAAGAGCGAUCGCGAGAGCGGCAUAGGCAUCGCCAUCACCGUAUCCGCCAACGAGGCCGACGCCGCCGCCGCCGCCACGCCUUCCCAUCUGAAGCAGGAUGCCAACAUCAGCCGCGUCGACUUCAUCUCCGACCUGCCACCCGAGCUCUCCAUCCAGAUUCUGGCUUACCUCGACGCCGCCUGCCUGGCCUCCGCUUCCCUCGUGUCGCGCCGCUGGGACGGCAUCGUGAGGAAUCGACACGUCUGGAAGGAUGCCUUCCUCAGAGCCAAGACCGGUACCUACGCUACCGGCCGCCCUAUCGAGCCUGGGUCCUCUCAGGGUGUGCCUGCCUUGACGGCCGAGGUCGACUGGAGAAAGGUCUACCAGGUUAAGCAGCAGCUGGACCGUAGCUGGCGCGAGGGCAAGGCUAGGCCUGUUUACCUGAAUGGUCAUCUCGACAGCAUCUACUGUCUCCAGUUUGACGAGUCCAAGAUCGUCACCGGUUCCCGCGAUAGGACUAUCCGUAUCUGGGAUAUGCACACCUUCGAAUGUCGCCUCGUCAUCGGUCCGCCCGACAUUGUGAACAGCCCCUCGCUCCUCCUCGACGCCGAAGGCCAACCUGUCCACCACGCCGUCCUCCCCGAUGGUACACAUACCGCCCCCUCGAUGCCCGACGUCGCCACCUUUCCCAUGCAUCACCAAGCCUCCAUCCUGUGCCUACAAUACGACGACCGCAUCUUGGUGACCGGCUCGUCCGACUCGACGUGCAUUGUCUACUCGGUCCCCGACGGUUACCGCCCCCUCCGCCGGCUGCGGGCGCACACGGCGGCGGUGCUCGACCUGGCCUUCGACGACCGCCACAUCGUGACCUGCUCCAAGGACGUGACCAUCUGCGUGUGGGACCGCGAGACGGGCACCCUCCUGCGCCGGCUGUGCGGGCACGCCGGGCCCGUCAACGCCGUGCAGCUCCGCGGCAACACCAUCGUCAGCUGCAGCGGCGACUUCCGCGUCAAGCUGUGGAACGUCGACACGGGCAAGAACAUCCGCGAGUUCGUCGGCCACACCAAGGGCCUGGCCUGCAGCCAGUUCACCCAGGACGGCCGCUACGUCGCCUCCGCGGGCAACGACAAGGUCAUCCGCGUCUGGGACGCCAACACGGGCGACUGCGUGCGCGAGAUCCAGGCCCACGACGGCCUCGUACGCAGCCUGCACGUCGACUCCGUCUCGGGACGCCUCGUCAGCGGGAGCUACGACACCGACAUUAAGGUCUUCGAUAUGGAGUCGGGCCGCCAGAUGCUGGAUUUCCCCAGGUGGCAUGCCAGCUGGGUCCUCAGCGCCAAGAGCGAUUACCGCCGCAUCGUCAGCACGGGGCAGGACCCCAAGAUUCUGAUUAUGGACUUUGGUGCGGAUAUUGACGGCAUCGAGAUGCUCGAGAGUCCCCGGGUCGGUGGACUCGCCUGA